AUGCAGUUCGCUGCUCCCGACUCCAACUCCGCCAUAAGAGACAUAGCUAAGAACGUUCAUGUAUCGGGAAGCAAUGGAAGUAUCACGUCAUCUCUCAGAGCCCCUGAUAAGCUUCAUAGCGAUCAAAUCGCUCCUCAAAAUGGAGCCAACCAACCAACCAACCAACAAACAAACGCAUACGUUCAAUAACCCUUGGACGAUUCCUUGUAGCCAACAAGGACAUUACUUUGUAGCAUAAAUCGGCCUCAAAGUACCACGCAGAAACGGCUUUCAUUCGGUGCCUCUUUACUUCCACUUUCAACCGCCUCCGAUCGAUCAUCAUUCUGAUAUCCCUUUCUAUUCUCCUCGGGACUUGGACAAGAUGCACGCAUAUAUCUAAGUUGACUCGCAAUCUCCUUUUCUUCUUCAAUCAUCUCAUCGAGUGUCUGAAGCCGGUUUGAGGAAGGAUUUAGUUGAAGAUCUUGUCCUAAUCUAGACGAGUGUGGUGAUUCUCCCAAUAGGCUUGAGUCUUUGUGUGCUGUUGUUGCAGACACUCCUGCUACGGAUAGCUCACUCUCCAGUUGCGUGGUGAAGGACGCCAACUGCGCUUUCUUCAGCCCCUGUUGUAAUAAAUGUGGGCGUUCACCAAGUACAGAUGCCUUCGAAUUGUGGUUGGAUAAGACUCGUGCUGAUGCUUCCGCCGCCUGCUUCUUGCUCGAGAGGCUUCGUU